AUGGUGGAAGGACCGGGCUGUACUCUCAAUGGAGAGAAGAUUCGGGCGCGAGUGCGCCCGGGCCAGGCAGUGACGGACAUGCGGGGCCGAGCGCUGCAGAGCCCGGGGGGGCCCGGCUCGCCGCCCUCGGCCUCUGGGGCUGCGGGCUCCUCACAGGCUGCUGCACUGAAUAAUAAUAAAGAUUCCAGCCAGCAUUUCUUGAGACUGUUUAAUGGGCACAUUUACAGUGGCGUGGAAACUUUGGGGAAGGAGCUCUUUAUGUACUUUGGGCCAAAAGCUGUACGGAUUCAUUUUGGAAUGAAAGGCUUCCUCGUGAUUAAUCCAGUUAAGUCUAAAAAUAAAAAUGGACUUUCUCCUGUUUUUGAAGUACAGCUCACCAAAGAUCUGAUUUGUUUCUUUGACUCAUCAGUAGAAAUCAGAAACUCAGCAGAAAGCCAACAGCGAAUAAGAAUGAUGGAAGAAUUAGAUAUAUGUUCACCUAACUUUAGUUUCUCAAGAGCAGAAAGUGAAGUGAAAAAGCAGAGAGGACGGAUGCUAUGUGACGUGUUAAUGGAUCAGAAAGUGUUACCCGGCGUGGGAAACAUCAUCAAAAAUGAAGCUCUCUUUGACAGUGGUCUCCAUCCCGCUGUUAAAGUUUGUCAGUUAACAGAUGAACAGACACAUCACCUUGUGAAAAUGAUACGUGAUUUCAGCCUUCUUUUUUACAGGUGCCACAAAGCAGGAUCUGCUGUCUCUAACCACUAUAAGGUUUACAAGCGUCCUAAUUGUGGUCAGUGCUACUGCAAAAUAACUGUGUGUCGCUUAGGGGAGAAUAAGAGAAUGACAUAUUUCUGUCCUCACUGUCAGAAGGAAAAUGCUCAACAUGUCGACAUAUGCAGGCUGCCAGCUAGAAAUACUACAGUCAGUUGGCCAUCCAGCAGAGGGGGUCAUCUUAUGGACUCCGUGGCCCGGAAGUCUGAAGAGCAGUGGACAUGUGAGGUCUGUACGCUAAUAAAUAAGCCGUCUUCUGAAGCAUGUGAUGCUUGCCUGACUUCAAGGCCUACGGAUUCGGUACCCAAGAAUGAAGAGAAUCCUAUCGCCUUUAACAGUUUAGUGAAAUACCCUUGUAAUAGCUUUGGAAAACCAAGGACGGAAGUGAAGAUCAACAGGAAAACUGCAUUUGGAACUACAACCCUUGUUUUGACGGAUUUCAGCAAUAAAUCCAGUGCUUUGGAAAGAGAAGAAAGCCAAAACCAGAUACUAGAUGGGGAAUUUCCAAACCCUCCUACUAACAUUUGCUUUAGUGAUACAGUGCACCCCUCCAAGGAGAGAACAAACUAUAGAACUCAACUAUCUAACAAAGUAAACAUAUCAUCUAUGGUCUGCUCUCCCUCUAAAUUAUUUAGUCCAGCAUAUAAAAGAUUAAAAACAACCCACUGCUCAUCACGGGAUCUCAAUGGCAACCCUGGAUUUUCUAACAGGGAGCUUCAGAGUAACACGCCAGGUGGUCCUCAUUCAUUAAAUGCCUGCAGUCCCCGCUGCAGUAAACAUGACCGCCCCUGCAUUCUCCAGGUGGUGAGGAAGGAUGGAGAAAACAAGGGCAGGCACUUUUAUGCUUGUCCUCUACCGAGAGAAGCACAAUGUGGAUUUUUCGAAUGGGCAGAUUUGUCCUUCCCAUUCUGCAGCCAUGGCAAACGCUCCAUCAUGAGAACAGUGUUGAAGAUUGGACCUAAUAAUGGAAAGAAUUUUUUUGUGUGCCCUCUUGGGAAGGAAAAACAGUGCAGUUUUUUCCAAUGGGCAGAAAAUGGGCCAGGAAUAAACAUUAUUCCAGGAUGCUGAAGUUAUUGCAGUAUUUGAGAACUCUUCCUUUUAUUUGUGUGCCAUCUUUUCAUUCAGUGUUUUUUUUUGCCUUGAUGAAUGCUA